CUCACAGAUCUCGACGUCCAAAAUAUUGAGUGAGAAUUUUGUCAGAAAAUGUUCGCUUUUUCAAUCUUACUUGCAAUUGUUCACUUCCACAAGCUGAUCAAAAUGCAGGACAUCUGGGAUUUUCCAAAGCCGGUUGUGUCUCUGAAUCCUUCGUAUGGGGCGUUUUUGGGAGGAGAGUCAACAUCGGUGAGCUGCAGCUGUCAAUGUCCAGUCACAAGAAUACACUCGUGCUACAAUUCCAAAUGCAGGGAAGCAGAACUUUCUGAAGGACAAUGUGAAACAUCAUUUCCGUUGAAAUAUUUAAGGAAAGGUAAAACAAGUUACAACUGUGAAUGUUUCUUACAGUUGGAGAAUGGAACAUGGAGAAGAUCAGGAAUGACUGACCCCAUUCAGAUACGUGUCGGAGAUGAACUCUCCAAACCGAUGAUCAAAGUGCUCUCAGAUUCAGGUUCCAGUUCAAGUGGGGACUAUGUUGUGAUUUCCUGCAAAGGUGAUAUUCGCCCCAGAGGAGGAAUAUUCAACCUGUGCCACAGUCAGAAAAAUGAUUUUACACAGGAACGUCCUGUGUCUGGAGUUGAAAAUAUAGCGUUCUUUACCAUCAAUAUCCAUGAACCAAUUUCUGUAGGAAACUACAGUUGUCAAUAUGAAACAGAGGUUAACGGACAUGUCAUCACUUCUCCGUUCAGCCAAUCUGUUGCAGUUGUGGAGCGAGGAAAGGAGGGUCACACAUCAAAAGAUGCGCAGAUGAGAUUAUAUCUCUACGUCGGACUGGGAUGUACUGCUGUGAUUAUUGUGGUGCUCUGCCUUAUAAUUAUCAAGAAAGGUCGAUAUAAAAGUCAAACUAUUCAGAGGACUGCUCCCUCAGCAGUUCAAAAUACACACGAUGGCCAUGAUCGCAUUUAUUACAGUGCCAAUUUGAUCCAUCAUAGAACAAUGGAUGAGUAUUCCGAUGUGCACGGGAACAAAUGUGAGGGAGUUACUUACGCUGCCUUGAACAUGGAUGGUUUGAGUCAAAAUGAAGCUGCCUCGGUCAACAGGGGAGAGACGUGUGUUUAUAUGGACGUGAAAAAUUAACAAUGUUUCCCCCUCCAACAUUGCAGUCUGCUUCUGUCAUGUUGCUUGCUGAAGCUGAACCAGUGAAUUAAUUCACACCCCCAUUCCCCCUCUCAGUAAAUCGAUGCGCCGGAAAUCCGCACCUGGUUCCCUGAGUCCUCCAAGCCACCUCGGAACAUUGCCAGGAUUGGAAAUACAGCAAAAGUUUCCACCACGAACCCUUAAGCCUCCUCUCAACAGAUGGACCCAGCUGCAGUACGAGAGAGAGAGGGAUCACUCAGAUUUUCAAUUCUGCUUAGAUUGAUUGAUUGAUUGAUUUAUUGUUACGUGUACCGAAGUACAGUGAAGAACUUUGUUUAUGAGCAGUACAGGCAGAUCAUAGUAAGCAAGGAUGUACAGAUCAAAAAGACUUAGAGGCAUUCAGGUUACAUCGCACAGGGCUUGCACGAGGCGAGAUCAAUGUCAGCAAGAUCAGCAUUAUUUGAGGCUACACAGUCCAUUCAUCAGUCUGGUAAUGACUAGAAAAAAGCAGUUCCUGAACCUGCUGGUGCGAGUGUUCAAGCUUCUGUAUCUACUGCCUGAUGGAAGAGGUUGUAGGAGAUCAUUACCGGGAUGUGAUGGGUCUUUGAUGAUGUUGGCAGCCUUUCCGCGGCAGCGAGCCAUGUAAAUGGAGUCCAUGGAUGGAAGGUUGGCUUCCGUGAUGGUCUGGGCUGUGCACACAACCUUCUGUAGUUUCUUACUGUCCUGGGCAGAGCAGUUGCCGUACCAGGCCAUUAUGCACCCGGACAGUAUGCUUUCAAUGGUGCAUCUGUAGAAGUUGGUGAGGGUCCUUGUGGACAUGCCGAAUUUCCUGAGGAAGAAGAAGUGUUGUUGUGCCUUCUUGAUUGUCACAUCUAUUUGGGAAGUCCAGGACAGGUUAUAGGUUGUCAUCGCUCCAAGGAACUUGACCCUCUCCACCCUCUCAACGUCAAUUCUGUUUGUGUAGAUGAGGGUGUGUUCUUCUCCUUUCUUUCUGAAGUCAAUGAUCAGUUCUUUAGUUUCACCAACGUUGAGAGAGAGGUUGUUCUCAUUGCACCAUGUCACCAAGCCCUCUAUCUCCCUUCUGUAUUUUGAGUCGUCGUUGUUAGAUAUCGUUUAGAUAGAGAUGUUUGUGAAGGUUUUGUCACAAUAAAAUAGUCUACACCUCAUUGAAAAAAACAGGGUCCAGUGCUGUGAAGAUUUACAUGCCAGAAGAUUGAGGAACUAUUAGAUACUGAAAAGAUUAAGAACAAGUGAAAGCGUGCAGGUACACAAGAAAUAAACAGAAAAAAAACAGACUAAUAACGUCCUAAAUAUAUGAAGAAGUAAGCAAAUAGAAGAGGUUAGAAUAUUCGAGGAAAUGGAGUAGGCCAUUCAGCCCCACGAACCUGUUUCGCCUGCCAUUCAAUGAAGUCGUGGCUGAUCUGUGGCCCAACUCCAUAGACCUGCCUUUGGCCCGUACCCCCCAAUACUUCUGCUUAACAAGAUUAUCUCUCUCAGAUUUAAAAUGAAUAACUCAACCAGCAUCCAUUGUGGUUUGUGGAAGACAGUUCCAGUCCUCUACUAGUCUUUGUAUGAUGUGUAUUAUCACCAGACUAUUAAUCUGGAGACCCAUGUAAUGUCC